UACUAUAAAACAUUCGAACCAAUCGAACCCAAUCGAACCAAUUCUCUCUAUCUGGCAAGAACCUAUCAGAUUUCUCAAUCUCAACCAAAGUCCCAACCAUGAAGAACAACAACACUAAUCACAGACCCAAUCUCUUUCUGUCACUCUAUGGCGCGCUUCUCUCGUUACUCGCUUCCAUCGCCGCCUCAUCGCCUGCCGACCUCGCCUACCCCUCAGUCUCCGGCGUCGAUUCCGGCCACUGUUCACUUCACGAUGAUGGUCUCCACCCUGUACGGAAGGAAGUGUACGGAAAUGGUAGAAUAUUUGAUAUCACACACAGGUACAUCAUGGACAUGCCCAGCUGGGACUCCGAGGACGGGCUUGGUGAUGAGUACCUCAGGCUCCCAAGCAGCAUGAAGAACGGCUCUCUUUACAACGCUUCCGAGAUGAAGUUCAGUGUUCACUCCGGCACACACGUCGACGCGCCUGGACAUGUCUUCGAUCACUACUUCGACGCCGGUUUCGAUGUCGAUACUCUUGACUUGGAACUGCUUAAUGGUGCUGCUUUGCUUGUUGAUGUUCCGAGGGAUAAGAACAUAACUGCGGAAGUGAUGAAGUCCUUGAAUAUUCCCAAGGGAUUGCGUCGUGUACUUUUCAGGACCUUAAAUACUGACAGGAGGCUUAUGUGGAAAAAAGAGUUUGACACAAGCUUUGCGGGGUUGACUAAGGAUGGAGCGAAAUGGUUGGUGGAGAAUACAGAUAUCAAACUUAUUGGAACUGAUUACUUAUCCGUUGCUGCCUAUGUUGAGGCAAUUCCAGCUCAUCAUGUUCUUUUGAAAGACAGGGAUAUCAUUCUGGUUGAAGGUCUAAAGCUUGUUGACGUCCAGUUAGGAAUGUAUUCUCUUCAUUGCUUACCCUUAAGGUUGCUUGGUGCUGAGGGAUCACCUACAAGAUGCAUUCUCAUUGGAUAAAUAAUCUUCUGUAGCUGGAAUCCUUACUGUUUCAAGGAGUUGUGCGAAAGACAACUAUACUGGUGUAAAUUUGAUAGCCUAAUAGUACCCAACUACAUGGGACGAGAGGGAUAAGCAAAUGAAGAAAUAAAAAGUUUUAGUACAAAAGUUAGCAGCUUAGCUUUUUAUAUUGUCGCAAAAUGAACAAAAUUAUCAUAAGAAAUGGUCUAAAAUGAUGGCAACAUCAACUGACUCUACAUAUACGUAUAUAUGUGUCUGUAUGUAUAAGAAUCAGUUACCAUUGGAAGUUAAUAUAUAGUUUUACUGUUCUAUGUUUCCA